AUGUUGGAUGAGGUGGAAGAGGCUGUAAUGGAGGAAAGGGAAGAAAGAGCCGCCUCAGUUCCACGUGAGAUGGAAGAUGAUGUUUCAUCUUCCUCCUCCUCGUCAUCCAACUCUUCGUAUCCUAAUAGACGGGAUAAACAAGGUCCUGAAGAAGAAGAGGAGGAGUUGGAAGAAAACGAUGAUGAAGAUGAUGACGACUCUCAAGCCGAAGACCGUUCAGCUGCCCGAAGAGAUCUUGAACAGGAGGAACGAUGGUUGAGGAUUCGACAACAACUUCUUCUGCGUCGUAGUGGUGCCAACCGAAGGGCUCUCGCAAAAGUCGAACGGCGAUUGUGGGAAAUCAGUCAAAGUGGGUCUGUCGGAAGGCGUUUCCCUGUGGAAAUGGAUCGUGUUCGUCAGGCACGUUCACAAUCGCAUCACCAUCACCAUAAGCGCAACCGCCGUCUAUCUACGGAUCCAUCAUCUCGACUGCCUGAUGAACUCACUGAUCUGCGUGAAUUCAAUACCUGUCCGGAGGGCUACGAUUACGUGGAUGCUGAACGCGCCAGAGAGCUUCUGCGUCCUGAGACAGCACGCCAGGAGAUGCGUUUUGAUAUUCAUCAUCGAGUUGGACAGGGUGUUGAGGGUAGUGAAGACGAGGAAGAGGCUGGUGAAAGGACAAAACGGAAGAAGAGUAGAAAAAAGAAAAAGAAGAAAAAGUCUGUUAUUGGAGCUGCGGGCUACCUAGAAGCCAGUCUCUUUGGAUCAGAAAUUAGUUCUUCCUCAUCUUCUCCCUCUUCCACGAAUUCGGAUGACUGUGAAGGAGGCGGUGGCGGUGAGGAUGGAAUUAUACGAUCGGAUGCAUUGAAGGAAUUCAUGUAA